AUGAGUCGAGCAGGAGGUGCCGGAGCAAAGGGGGGAAAGAAGAAGUCAGCAACUUUUGUGAUUGAUUGUGGGAAGCCUGUUGAGGAUAAGAUUAUGGAAAUAGCCUCACUCGAGAAGUUUCUUCAAGAGAGAAUCAAAGUCGGUGGUAAAGCUGGUAAUCUCGGUGAUUCAGUUACUAUUUCUCGUGAGAAGAACAAGAUCUCCGUCACAUCAGACAGCAACUUCUCCAAAAGGUACCUGAAGUAUUUGACAAAAAAAUACUUGAAGAAGCACAAUGUGAGGGACUGGCUCCGUGUGAUUGCUUCCAACAAGGACCGUAACGUAUAUGAGCUAAGAUACUUCAACAUUGCUGAGAACGAGGGUGAGGAGGAAGACUGAGAUUACUUUGUUUUUUUUUUCUGGCAUGGAUUUUGUUUUUGGCUUCUUAGACUUAUUAUUAUCAUCUCAGUUUCUAUUGUCUUUGGAUUUUGAAAUAUUAAUUUGCAUUAGAAGUGUGGCUACAUUCUAUGUGCUUUUGCUAGUUACACUUGCUGUGUUAAUCUGAUUUUGUGUUUUUGGACAU